AUAGCGUCAGGAACCAUUUCGGAAUCGUAGCGCCACCAAACACACACACACACACACACACACACACAGGGAGAGAGCGAGAGAGAAUGGGAGAAUGGGAUCGGAGCGGGGAAUAAUCUCGUUUGCGUUAUAAUUCCUCCAAGCUGGAAAAGGGAACGGAAUCCGCACGUCCACAGUGAUCGAUCCCAGAGCAGGAGACGAGAAUACAAACCGCAGCCAUGCGAUGAAGAGCAGAGAGAAGAAGAAGGAGAACAAGCGAGGAAACGGGAGCAGAAACAUGGGCGCAGUGCUGCGGACUCUCUUCCUCUGUACUUUCUGUUUACAAAUACGCGCCGUGCCUCUCCUCCUCUACGCCAACAGACGUGACUUGCGGCUGGUGGACGCGGCCCAGGGACGCAGCGCCAACGCCACGGUAGUGGUGAGCGGCCUGGAGGACGCGGCGGCCGUGGACUUCGUCUACAGCAACGGUCUGAUCUACUGGAGCGAUGUGAGCGAGGAGGCCAUCAAGCGGGCCGUCUUUAACGGCUCGGGCUCUGGAGCCCAGAGCACAGUGGUGUCGGGUCUGGCCUCGCCCGACGGUCUGGCCUGCGACUGGCUGGGGAGUAAACUUUACUGGACAGACUCAGAAACAAACCGUGUCGAGGUAGCCGAGCUUGACGGUAGGCUCAGGAAAGUUCUUUUCUGGCAGGACCUGGACCAGCCAAGAGCGAUUGCUCUGGAUCCGAGCAGAGGGUACGUGUACUGGACAGACUGGGGGGAGAUCCCUAAGAUUGAGAGGGCGGGUAUGGAUGGCACAAAUCGAGCUGUGAUCAUCGACACAGAUAUCUACUGGCCUAACGGGCUCACCUUAGACUACAGCCAGCAGAAGCUUUACUGGGCCGACGCCAAAUACAACUUUAUUCAUCGCUCCAGUCUGGACGGCACAGGGAGAGAAGUGGUAGUGAAGGGCGCUCUACCACACCCCUUUGCCCUAACGCUGUACGAAGACACACUCUUCUGGACUGACUGGAACACGCACUCAAUCCACUCGUGCCAGAAGCAGAACGGGGAGGAGCACCGUGAGAUCCACUCCAACAUCUUCUCGCCCAUGGACAUCCAUGUCUUCAGCCAAAAGAGACAGCUAAUGGAUGUGUCGAGUCCAUGCUCUGUGAAGAACGGUGGUUGUUCUCACCUGUGCCUGCUUUCUCCGGUGGAGCCAUACUAUCAGUGUGCCUGUCCCACCGGUGUACAGCUGCUGGAGGACAACAAGACCUGCCGAGAUGAAGCAACAAAGCUGCUGCUUCUGGCACGGCGCACAGACCUGCGACGCAUCUCGCUGGACACGCCUGACUUUACUGACAUCGUAUUGCAUGCUGAAGACAUCCGGCACGCCAUCGCCAUCGAUUACGACCCUGUAGAUGGCCACGUCUAUUGGACAGAUGACGAAGUGCACGCGAUCCGGCGCUCUCGGUUAGACGGCAGCGACACACAGCUGCUCGUCACCUCGCAAGUGAAUCACCCAGACGGCAUUGCUGUGGACUGGAUUGCGCGCAACCUUUACUGGACCGACACAGGCACUGAUCGCAUCGAAGUGACGCGUCUCAAUGGUACCAUGAGGAAGAUCUUGAUUUCUGAGGAGCUGGAUGAGCCUAGGGCUAUUGUCCUAGAUCCUGUCUCAGGAUACAUGUACUGGACCGACUGGGGUGAGAUCCCUAAGAUUGAGCGUGCUACACUGGACGGAACCGAGCGGGUUGUGAUGGUGAACACUUCCCUGGGCUGGCCCAACGGCCUAGCGCUCGAUUAUGCAGAGAGGAAAAUCUACUGGGGAGAUGCUAAGACUGACAAGAUCGAGAUGAUGAACAUGGAUGGAACCGGUCGUAAGAUCUUAGUCGAGGACAAACUUCCACAUAUAUUUGGCUUCACCCUCCUGGGCGACUACGUUUACUGGACAGACUGGCAGCGGCGGAGCAUCGAGCGUGUGCACAAACGCACUGCUGAAAGGGAAGUCAUCAUUGACCAACUGCCUGACCUCAUGGGACUGAAGGCCACCUACGUCCACCAGGCUUUUGGUACAAACCCAUGUGCCGAGAACAACGGUGGGUGCAGUCACCUGUGCCUGUACAGGCCACAGGGUGUGUCCUGUGCCUGUCCCAUUGGCCUGGAGCUCAUGAGUGACAUGAGCACGUGCAUUGUACCUGAAGCCUUCCUGCUCUUCUCGCGUCACACUGACAUCCGCCGUAUCUCCCUCGAAACCAAUAACAACAACGUAGCCAUCCCGCUCACCGGUGUCAAGGAGGCAUCAGCACUCGAUUUCGAUGUUACUGAUAAUCGCAUCUACUGGACCGACAUCACACUAAAGACCAUCAGCCGAGCAUUCAUGAAUGGCAGUGCCCUGGAACAUGUGGUCGAGUUUGGGCUGGAUUACCCAGAGGGUAUGGCUGUGGACUGGCUGGGCAAGAACCUGUACUGGGCUGACACUGGCACGAACCGCAUAGAGGUGGCAAAGCUGGAUGGCCAACACAGGCAGGUCCUGGUGUGGAAAGACCUGGACAGUCCACGAGCUCUAGCACUGGACCCUGCUGAAGGUUUUAUGUACUGGACCGAAUGGGGCGGGAGACCCAAGAUUGACCGUGCAGCCAUGGACGGCACCGGUCGCAUCACACUGGUGCCCAACGUGGGUCGGGCAAACGGGCUCACCAUCGACUACGCCGAGAGACGGCUUUACUGGACCGACCUGGACACCACGCUUAUUGAAUCUUCCAACAUGCUUGGUCUUGAACGUGAGGUGAUUGCAGAUGACUUGCCCCACCCUUUUGGUCUCACGCAAUACCAAGACUACAUUUACUGGACGGACUGGAGCCAGCGCAGCAUCGAGCGUGCUAACAAAACCAGCGGGCAGAACCGCACGCUCAUCCAGGGCCAUCUGGACUACGUCAUGGACAUCCUGGUGUUCCACUCGUCACGUCAGGGAGGCUGGAACGCCUGCGCCUCAACCAACGGCCACUGCUCGCACCUGUGCCUGGCCGUGCCAGUCAGCAGUUACGUGUGUGGCUGCCCAGCGCAUUACUCACUUAAUGACGACAACAAGACCUGCAGCGCACCCACCUCUUUUCUACUCUUCAGCCAGAAGUCAGCUAUUAAUCGCAUGGUAAUGGAUGAGCAGCAGAGCCCUGACAUCAUCCUACCCAUUCACAGCCUGCGCAACGUGCGAGCCAUCGACUACGACCCACUGGACAAGCAGCUCUACUGGAUCGACUCGAAGCAGAACGUCAUCCGUCGUGCCCAGGAGGAUGGAAACCAGAGUAUGACCGUGGUGUCCAACACAGUGGGGGGCCACAAUCUGGGCUUACAGCCGUUCGACCUGAGCAUCGACAUCUACAGCCGUUUCAUCUACUGGACCAGCGAAGUGACCAACGUGAUUAACGUGACACGUCUUGACGGCUCUCGCGUUGGCGUGGUGCUCCGUGGAGAGCACGACAAGCCACGGGCCAUUGUAGUUAACCCCGAGAGAGGGUACAUGUACUUCACCAACAUGCAGGAGCGUUCUGCUAAGAUCGAGCGAGCAGCUCUGGACGGCACUGAGCGAGAGGUGCUGUUCUUCAGCGGCCUGAGCAAACCCGCGGCCCUCGCUAUCGACAACGAGCUGGGUAGACUGUUCUGGGCCGACAUGGACCUGCGGCGCAUCGAGAGCAGUGAUCUAUCUGGCGCCAAUCGGAUUGUUAUCGAAGACUCCAACAUACUGCAGCCAGUGGGUCUGACGGUGUUCGGGAAUCACCUCUACUGGAUCGAUCGACAGCAGCAGAUGAUCGAGCGCAUCGACAAGACGACGCGUGAGGGCCGCACCAAAAUCCAAGCUCGCAUUACCGCGCUUACAGACAUCCACGCAGUCCACGAGCUUCACAUGGACGAGUACAAUAAACACCCCUGCACCCAAGAUAACGGCGGAUGCUCCCACAUCUGUAUAGUGAAAGGAGACGGUACGACCCGCUGCUCCUGCCCUGUUCACCUGGUCCUUCUGGUAGACGAGCUUUCCUGUGGAGAGCCUCCCACGUGUUCUCCAGAGCAGUUCUCGUGCACCUCAGGAGAGGUGGACUGCAUCCCUCGGGCCUGGCGCUGUGACGGAUAUGUGGAGUGUAAAGAUGAAAGCGACGAGCACGACUGCCCCGUGUGCUCGGACGACGAGUUUCAGUGCGACAGCAAGCAGUGCGUGGAACUCUCACUGCGCUGCAACGGAGAAAUCAACUGCCAGGACCGCUCAGACGAAAACAAGUGCGAUGUUCAUUGCCCUCCGGAUCAGUUCACCUGUAAUAACGGUCAGUGCAUCGGCAAACACAAGAAGUGCGACCAUAACAUGGACUGCACAGACAACUCUGACGAAAUCGGCUGCUACCCCACAGAGGAGCCUUCCCCUCAGCCCACCAACACCAUUGGCUCCAUCGUCGGUGUCGUGAUGACACUGUUUGUGGUGGGCGCUGUGUAUUUUGUGUGCCAGCGUGUCCUUUGCCCGCAGAUGGUGGGCGAUGGCGAAACCAUGACCAACGAUUUUGUCGUGCACGGGCCCUCCUCCGUGCCGUUGGGCUACGUGCCCCAUCCGAGCUCCUUGUCCGGUUCUCUUCCAGGCAUGUCUCGUGGGAAGUCUGUGAUCGGCUCGUUGAGCAUCAUGGGUGGAAGCAGUGGACCGCCGUACGAUCGUGCUCACGUAACGGGCGCUUCCUCAAGCAGUUCGUCCAGCACUAAGGGCACUUACUUUCCUCCUAUCCUGAACCCUCCUCCUUCUCCGGCUACAGUGCGCUCUCAGUACACAAUGGAGUUCGGCUACUCAUCCAACAGUCCCUCAACACACCGCUCAUACAGCUACAGACCAUACAGCUACCGGCACUUUGCUCCUCCCACCACGCCGUGCAGCACAGACGUGUGCGACAGCGACUACACACCAGGCCGCAGAGCACAGCCCGUGUCCUCCAGCGUCAUGGCAAAAGGCUACGCAAGCGACGCCAACUACGACUCCGAGCCGUUCCCACCUCCUCCCACGCCACGCAGCCAGUACCUGUCAGCUGAAGAGAACUGCGAAAGCUGCCCGCCGUCGCCGUACACAGAGCGCAGCUACUCGCAGCACCUUUACCCUCCACCUCCCUCACCCUGCACCGACUCGUCCUGAGUCCCACCGAUCACGUCCAGAACCCUGCCCCACCUCGCCAUUUCAACCGGUGUAAAUAGCAUUUGUGCAUAGAAUGACUUAUUAUUUUUUUGUUUUUUAAAUAGACUGACUGAUGUGUAUGUUGUUCUGUUAAAGAACAAGAAACAGUUUUUAGCGGAAAAAAAAGACACUUUGGCGUGCAGAGGUGGUGGAUACUUGUGUAAAAAAAAAAAAAAAAAAGAAAGAAAGAAAAGAAAGCAUAUUUAUAUAUUUUCUAUACAGCGUUUAUUGGUUAUGCCAUAGAGCUUUGUAUUGCUAAAAAAAAAAUUUGUACAUUUUUUUAAAAGAAGAAAGUUUUAUUAAAUUCACACAGACAUCAUGUUGCCUUAAUCCAAGAGUGCGUAAUCAAGCCACCUGUUAUUAGGCUGAAGCACUCAGGAAACGUGGGGGAGAGAAGUGCAGCUUGUUAACUUUUACUGAUGCCAAAAAAGAAACCCAGCAAGUCAGAGAGAAUGGACAGAGAAGGAGAAUGGAGCCUCCCUGUGGCUGUUACUGGCAUUACACUGGCCAGCUCUGUUCUGUUGGGGCCAUUUUGUCUGAAGCUCAACCACUAGAUCUUCUGAUCAGCCAGUCCACCCAGACCCCUCGUACAACCUUAAAGAAGACCGUCUUGCUUCUGCUGACCUUUUCCACCUAGUUUUUGCCUAAUAUUUUUUUUUGUACAGCACAAAGCUGAUGGAAACGUAGCAAUAAGAUGACAGAUGGUCAGAUGUGUGGAGCUGCUGAUUUAGUCAUCAAGACGACUCCUUUUGGCUCCAGUGGCUCUGCUCCAUGACAGACAGACAGACAGACAAGGAAACGCCGCUCUACAGUCUCGAGCAAAUAACCAAAAUGCUUCACUUUUGCCUCAAACCUUUUUAUUUUGUCCUUUGUUUUGUUCCCCUCCUCGUUUCUUGCCUGACUGCAAAUGCAGAGACGUCUCUAGAAGGUGGUCACAUCUCGGAGCACAUCUCUCUCAUAUACUCUGUCCUUUCUCCCUGCCACCUCCUCACCGGCCAUCAGCACUGUUUAUUCCUUAGGGGAAUUUUAUAUUCAAAUAUUCAUCAUAAACAUUCAGCACACAAACACUUUUAUUGUGCCUGAGCAGGUUUUUUUUUUUAAAGCUCUUUUAAAUCAUUUUGCCUCUCUCUCGCAUGCGCCCUCUCACUCCCUCUCUCUCCCUCUCUCUCUCUGUCUCUCUCUCCCUCUCUCUCUCUGUCUCUCUCUCUGUCUCUCUUUCUCUCUUUUUCUCUCUCUCUCUCUUUUUCUCUCUCUCUCUCUCUCUCUCUUUCUCUCUCUCUUUUUCUCUCUGUCUCUCUGUCUUUGUCUGUCUCUAUGUCUCUCCCUCCCUCCCUCGCACUUGCUCUCUCUCUGUCUCUCUUUCUCUCUCUCUCGGUCUCUGUCUCUCUCUCUCUCUGUCUCUCUCUGUCUCUCGCUCUGUCUCUCUUUCUCUUUUUCUCUCUGUCUCUCGGUCUCUGUCUCUCUCUCUCUCGGUCUCUAUGUCUCUCUCUCCCUCCCUUGCUCUGUCUCUCUCUCUCUCUCUCUCUCUCUCUCUCUCUCUCUCUCUCUCUCUCUCUCUCUCUCUC